CUUUUCCUUUCUCUCCUCCUCCUGUGUGUCUCAGACAGCAGGGAACGCCGCUCUGACAAGAACCAUUAAGAAUUAAGAAUUACGCGUGAGAAGCAUCUUUCUAAUCUCUGAUCUCUGCUAAUCCCCUGUGACUAGUGGCUGGGAUUAACCCUUGUCUCUGAUUUUUUGACACCGCGCUUUUUCUCCCUCCGCACUCAUUUUGCGCCCUAAUGCGCGCGCCUUCUAUUUUGUUUGCACGUGGGGUUAAGUAUUCAUUAGUUUUAGCCUAGUUUUUUUUUGUUUUGUUUUGGGUUUUUUCCCCCCCUGCACUUCGGACGAUUGCAGUCACAUGAUGCGUAGUGAUGAUGAUCUUUUGGGCACAGGAGCGCUCGCUCACUCGUGUUGGAUUAAAGGUGCGUGAGCACCUGACAAGAGCACGCGCAGGAGGCGUUGAUUCCCCGAACUUGUUGGGCGCUUUUGACCCGCCGGAAUGGAGAGCGAGCUGAGGCCCAGGGUGUGCUACCUGGUCAAAACAGAACGCGGUUAUGGGUUCCACUUGCACGGCGAGAAGCUCAAAGGCGGGCAGUUUAUCCGAAAAGUGGAGCCGGGCUCCUCGGCUGACCUGGCCGGCCUGCGACCCGGCGACCGAGUGGUGGAGGUGAACGGCGAGAACGCGGAGAACGACAGCCAUCAGCGGGUGGUGGAGCGGAUCAGAGAAGUACCUCACCGCACCAGACUACUGGUAGUGGACCGAAACACGGAUGACUACCUUCACAGCUGUGGUCUGGCUUGCACAGAGGAUUUAGCCAUCGAGAUGGGGACCCUCUCUCCACGUUCCUCAUCGAGAGUCACAUUAGGAACUUCUCCAUUACCUCGGGAGACUUUGCCCAAGUCCCCUCUAUCUGACCGCACACUUCUUGCCGCAAACUCACCCACUCUCUUGAUCUCACGAGGCAAGCUGAAGAGGUCCUCAAUCACGUCAAGUACCGUGACAGACGCAGAGAUGGAGCCCUCUCCAGAGCCGUCGACUGAGCGCCUUCCCCGCCUGUGUCACCUGCUGAAGGGGCAAAAGGGCUAUGGUUUCAAUCUGCACAGUAAUAAGGCAAAAUGUGGACAAUUUGUACGCUCGGUGGAUGCCCAAUCACCUGCAGAGAGAGCGGAUGUGCGUCCAGGAGACCGACUGGUGGAGGUAAAUGGAGUGAACAUUGAGUGCAUGAGACACUCAGAGGUGGUGGCAUUCAUUAAAGCAGGAGAGCGAGAAGUACGCCUCCUAGUCGUCGACCAGGAGACAGACGAGCUCUUCCACAGAUUGGGAAUGACGCCCACAGCACGACAUGUCUACGUGGACGAGCCAGCUGUAGAAGCUGCCUCGUCUGCCCCUUCUCCCACCUCCGCUGAAGUGCCAAUCAUACACGUGACACUGACAGACUCCUCGAUCACAAACAUGUCCUCCAAACAGAGGGCCAAUGGGAGUUGUGCGUCCCAAUCCUCAACCAGCUCUACAACUCAUUCAGAGAUCAGUAGCUCUGACAUUAGUUUCCAGGUCCCCGAUGAGGAUGACAGGAGAGUUUUGGAUCCUUUCAUGGACAGUGGCCUGCGUUUGAGUCCUACAGCAGCUGAGGCGAAACAAAAGGCUCUUGCUCGACGCGACAAAAAGACGGCGCCCCCUAUGGACUGGACCAAGAAACAAGAGAUCUUCAGCAACUUCUAAUGUCCCAGAGCAGGAGGAACACAAAAUACAAGCAUGAUUUGUGACAUAAAUGUUGAUUGUACUGUACAGUUCUUGCUAUUGCAUGAACGAGGACAAAGGAGUGAAAGCAAUCACCAGACACUAACAGACAAUAGUGAUAUUCUGGACCAAGGAAUAUACACUGUACUACAUUUCGAUUUCUCCCUCUAUCUCAUUUGAGGAUGCAAGAAUUGCCUCACAGAGUUGCUGUUUGCUUCAAUGGCAUGUUCUGCAGUGCAGGAUGAAAUGUCUUGCCUGACAAUUAUUUUACUGUGGAAUGCACUGUAACAAUGGUCAGUUAGAAACUCCACAUGCAAAAACUUCCCCAGAAAACAAAACUGAAAAAGUUUUAACUUAAAUCCUAAAUGUUACAUGCAUAAUAAUAUAUACAGUAUAUCAGUGACGGGCAGUGCAUUUCAGACCUCGGCCUUCAGUGGGUACUAAGUGACCUAAUCCACCCCUUAAUACCAAUGUCAUUUCACAGUUUUACAAAAAAAAAAAAAAGCUAUUGCUAACCUUUCCCCAAAAAAUGUAAUAUCAUACAAAAGUAUAUUAAUUAACAAAAUUCUAUUCAAAAAGUGAAACUUUCAUAGAUUAUAGAUUCAAGGUUCUGAUGGUGUGUUAAUAAAAGGCCAAAUAGGGAUGCUAUAAAUUGUGGGACCUCAAUCUAUAAUCUAUGAAAGUUUCACUUUUUGAAUGGAAUUAUAGAAAUAAACUUUUCCAUGAUAUUCUAUUUUUUUGGAAAGGGUCUGUACUUCAGUUAUUGUUAAAAAAAUAAUAAUAAACAAAUUAGGGUCACAUUAAAUCAAUCAAUAGGAAAAGCCUGCUCAAUGCCAAGAAUACUGUAUACCAGGGGUUACCAACAUGGUGCUCACAGGCACAAGAUUGGCCCUAAGGACCACGUGUGUAGCCAAAACAGAUCCAGUAAGCGUUCAAGGGAUGUCACUUACCAGUGAAAGUAAGAAAUUUAACUAAUCCUUUAACCUUCGGUAGCUUUGGCUGUCAAGUUUCAAAACAGAAAGAGGCUGUACGUACUAUAAGUACCACACAACAAUUAACCAUCCCAAUGUAUUUUGAUUGUGACUAAAUUAAGACUUUGAUCUGUUCGCUGCCAUGUAAUGUCAAGCGUGGACAUCACAGAAUGAGUAGCAGAAUAAUUUUUUGGGAUGCACAACUGGGAAAUGUCUGUAAAUUGAGACAUUCUCCUUUUAAUGUUCAAAGCCCAGAUUUGUUUUUUUCAGCCCCAAAACACAGAAGGCUGGGCUGGAGAAUUGUUGCAACAUUUUUAUUACAAAACUCCUGCUUUGGUUCACGUUCUAGAUUUAAGCACACAAAAGGUAUUUUUAAACGAAGCACUUCCAUUCCCACACCACGGGGGAAAAUGGCUGAUUAAGUCAUCAACAACAAAAAUGUGUUAGUCUUUCCGUCAAACAUCAUGCUCUUUAUUCAAUAUAUAUUUAAAAAUAUUAAUUAAAAAAAAAAAAAAAACAUCCUCUCAACAUCUCACUUGUUUAUUCAUUUGUUCCCAUCUUUAUGGCACCAAUUUGGAAAACAUUCACAAUAAUCCACUAAAAUGUAAAAUACAUCAUUUUGUACAAGCGUUAAACUAAUUUGAUUGCAUGAAUAAGCGCAAACUGGGAUUUGGAUUGUCUUAUAUUUUAAUAAAAAAAUUUGACUCAACGUCACAGUUAAGGUCAAAUAGAAUGACAGCGUCGGACAAUAGAUGGUGGCAAACCCCUGCAAGAUGUCAAAAAUCCCUUACCAUAAGAAAAAUGUUGAAAUUCACUACUACUCACUCUACAAUAGAUUGUGUUUCUCUUCAUGUCCUAGCUUUUUUUUUUUUUUGUUCCCCCCCAAUAAAUAAACUCUGCCCUGGUGGGUAAAUGCCAGUUG